CCCUCCCGCUCUCUCGCCGCAACUGCUUCCUUGCUUGACGUCUUUACGACUUUCCUUAUACCUACAAGUGAACGCACCCACGACCUUCGAAUAGUUGGGCCGCCAUUGCCCCCAGGCUCCACGCUCCAACACAAGCUCCUGAUCCAGCCAACGGAUGAGGUAGCCGCCUACACAUCACAACCAUGGCGCCCUUACCUAUCAAGUUCACCGAGCUGCUACAGCUCACAUCGCUCAACAUUGACCCCAAGUCAUUUGGUUUCAACUCCUGUACAUUAGAAUCAGAUAACUAUGUCUGCGUUUGCGACACUGCCUCGUCCGAGGUUGUUAUUGUCAACCUCAAGAACAACAACAGUGUCGUUCGUCGCCCUAUCAAGGCUGACAACGCCAUCAUGCACUGGACCAAGGACAUCAUCGCUCUCCGCGCCCAACAGCGUACUCUUCAAAUCUUCGACCUGGGCGCAAAGGCCAAGCUGAAGUCGGCCACCAUGAACGAGGACGUCGUUUUCUGGAAGUGGUACAGCGACAAGAGCUUGGGUCUGGUUACAGAGACUAGUGUCUACCACUGGGACAUCUUUGAUCCCAGUCAGGCCGCUCCUGUCAAGAUGUUCGACCGCAACGCCAACUUGGGCUCCCAGAUCAUCAACUACAGAGUCAGCCAUGACGAGAAGUGGAUGGUUGUCGUUUCCAUCUCGUCGCAGCAGGGUCGCGUUGUCGGAAAUAUGCAGCUCUACUCUCGCGACCGCGGUAUCAGUCAGGCAAUCGAGGGCCACGCCGCUGCUUUCGGCACCAUCAAAUUGGAGGGCGCGCCUGCAGAGACCAAGGUCUUCACCUUCUGCAACCGCACUCCUACAGGCGCCAAGCUCCACGUUGUUGAAAUCGACCACCAGCAAGGCAAUCCCGUCUUCCCCAAGAGAGCCGUCGACGUCUACUUCCCGCAAGAAGCCGCCAACGACUUCCCUGUCUCGAUGCAGGUCUCGGAGAAGUACAAGGUUAUCUACUUGGUGACCAAGUACGGCUUCAUCCACCUGUACGACUUGGAGACUGGUACUGUCAUCUUCAUGAACCGCAUCUCGAGCGAUACUGUCUUCACCACAUGUCCCGACGGAGAGUCUGCUGGUAUUGUCGGCAUCAACCGUAAGGGACAAGUUCUGUCUGUCAGCCUCGACGAGAACACCGUCAUUCCUUACCUGUUGCAGAACUCCGAGAACGCCGAGCUCGCCUACAAGCUGGCCUCGCGCGGUGGUCUUCCCGGUGCUGACCAGCUCUACCAGCAGCGUUUCGAACACCUCGUUUCUUCCGGUCAAUACGCCGACGCCGCCAAGACUGCUGCCAACUCUCCCAAUGGCUUCCUCCGCACACCUCAGACCAUCGAGCGCUUCAAGGCACUGCAAGCCCAGCCUGGACAGCUCUCGGUCAUCCUCCAAUACUUCGGUAUGUUGCUCGACAAGGGCAAGCUCAACCAGCACGAGACCCUCGAGUUGGCUAGACCUGUUCUUCAGCAAAACCGCAAGCACCUUCUUGAGAAGUGGAUGAGCGAGGGCAAGCUUGGUUGCUCUGAGCAGCUCGGUGACAUUGUUCGUCUGCACGACCUGAACCUGGCUAUGCAGAUUUACAAGGAUGCCGGAUGCCCUCAGAAGGUUAUUGCUGCCAUGGCCGAGUCCGGUAACUUCGACCAAAUCCUCUCAUACUCCAAGGAGACUGGCUACACACCGGACUUCAACGCUCUCCUCCAGCACAUCGUUAGAGUCAACCCUGAGAAGGGUGCUGAGUUCGCUACUGCUCUCGCCAAGGAGGACGCCAACCUCAUCGACACUUCCCGUGUCCUCGACGUCUUCAUGUCUCAGGGCAUGAUCCAACAGGCUACUGCAUUUGGUCUCGAUGUUUUGUCCGCAAACAGAGAAGAGGACGGUCCUCUCCAGACUCGCCUGAUCGAGAUGAACUUGAUGAACGCUCCUCAGGUCGCCGAUGCUAUCCUUGGUAACGAGAUGUUCACCCACUACGAUCGUCCUCGUGUUGCCACCCUUUGCGAGCAGGCUGGUUUGUACACAAGAGCUCUGGAGCACUACGAGGAUCCUGCUGCCAUCAAGCGUGUCAUUGUUCAGUCUGACAAGAUUCCUGAGGAGUUCUUGGUCAACUUCUUCGGCAAGCUCACUCUCGAGCUUUCUAUGGAGUGCUUGGACGAGAUGUUGAAGGUUAACAUCCGCCAAAAUCUCGCCGCCGUUAUCAACAUUUCGAAGAAGUACUCUGACCUGUUCGGUCCUCACCGCAUCAUUGCCCUUCUCGAGAAGUACAGAACUGCCGAGGGUCUCUACUACUACCUCGGUGGUAUCGUCAACUUGAGCGAGGAUGAGGAGGUCACCUUCAAGUACAUUGAAGCCGCCACAACAAUGGGCCAGAUCCAAGAAGUGGAACGUGUCUGCAGAGAAUCUAACCACUUUAACGCCGAGAAGGUCAAGAACUUCUUGAAGGAAGCCAACCUUACCGAGCAACUUCCUUUGAUCAUCGUUUGCGAUCGCUUCAACUUUGUUCACGAUUUGGUUUUGUACCUCUACAAGAACCAGCACUUCAAGUCUAUCGAGGUCUACGUCCAACGUGUCAACCCUGGCAGAACUCCUGGUGUCAUCGGUGGCCUGCUUGAUGUCGACUGUGACGAGAACAUAAUCAAGAACCUGUUGGGCUCGGUCGACUCGACUGUCAUUCCUAUUGAUGAGCUUGUCUCGGAAGUUGAGUCCAGAAACCGCCUGAAGCUCUUGCUGCCUUUCUUGGAAGCCACUCUUCAAGCUGGCAACACACAGCAAGCUGUCUACAACGCUCUUGCCAAGAUCUACAUUGACAGCAACAACGAUCCUGAGAAGUUCCUCAAGGAGAACGAUAUGUACGACACCAUGAUUGUUGGUAAAUACUGCGAGAAGCGCGACCCCAACCUCGCCUACAUUGCCUACCGCAAGGGCCAGAACGACCUCGAGCUUAUUGAGAUCACCAACGACAAUGCCAUGUUCAGAGCACAGGCUCGUUACUUGCUCGAGCGUGAGGACUUGGAGAUCUGGAACUACGUUCUCAGCUCCAACAACAUGCACCGUCGCUCUCUUGUUGACCAGGUUAUUGCCACUGCCGUUCCCGAGUCGCAAGACCCUGAGCGUGUGUCGAUCGCCGUCAAGGCCUUCAUCGAUGCUGAUAUGCCCACUGAGCUGAUUGAGCUUCUCGAGAAGAUCAUUCUUGAGCCCUCCGCCUUCAGCGACAACGCUAACCUCCAGAACCUGCUUAUGCUCACUGCUUGCAAGUCUGACCGUGCUCGUGUCGGAAACUACAUUCAGAACCUUUCCGAGUACAGUCCCGAGGACAUUGCCUCCCAAUGUAUUGAGGUUGGCAUGUACGAGGAGGCUUUCGAGAUCUACAAGAAGCACGGCAACCACACCGCUGCUACUAACGUUCUGGUUGAGCACGUCGUUUCCAUUGAUCGUGCCCAAGACUACGCCGACCAGGUCGACACUCCUGAGGUCUGGAGCAGAGUCGCUAAGGCUCAGCUCGAUGGUCUUCGCAUCAGCGAUUCAGUCACAUCUUACAUCCGUGCUGAAGACCCCUCCAACUACAACGAGGUCAUUGAGAUUGCCACACACGCUGGCAAGGAUGAGGAUCUUAUCAAGUUCCUCCGUAUGGCCCGCAAGACCAUGCGCGAAGCUGCCAUCGACACUGCUCUCGCUUUCUCCUUUGCCCGUACCAACCAGCUUAACGAGUUGGAGGAUUUCCUUCGCAGCUCGAACGUUGCCGAUAUCGAGGCUUCGGGCGACAAGGCUUACGAGGAGGGCUUCCACGAGGCUGCCAAAAUCUUCUUCUCCAGCAUCUCCAACUGGGCCAAGCUUGCCACCACCCUUGUUCACCUCGAGGACUACCAGGCUGCUGUUGAGUGUGCCCGCAAGGCUAACAACAUCAAGGUCUGGAAGCAGGUCAACGAGGCCUGUGUUGCCAAAAAGGAGUUCCGUCUUGCCCAGAUUUGCGGUCUCAACUUGAUUGUGCACGCUGAGGAGCUUCAGGAUCUUGUCAAGCAGUACGAGUACAACGGCUACUUCGAUGAGCUCAUUUCGCUUUUGGAAGCUGGUCUCGGUCUCGAGCGCGCUCACAUGGGUAUGUUCACCGAGUUGGGUAUUGCCCUCUCUAAGUACCACCCUGAGCGUGUCAUGGAACAUCUCCGCAUCUUCUGGGGCCGUAUCAAUAUCCCCAAGAUGAUCCGCGCUUGCGAGGAGGCUCACCUGUGGCCCGAGCUUGUCUUCCUAUAUGCUCACUAUGAUGAAUGGGACAACGCUGCUCUUGCUAUGAUGGAGCGUGCUGCUGAUGCUUGGGAGCACCACUCUUUCAAGGACACUGUUGUCAAGGUCGCCAACUUGGAGAUUUACUACAAGGCCCUCAACUUCUACCUCCAGGAGCAACCCUCCCUCCUUACCGAUCUUCUCCAAUCUCUGACUCCUCGCAUUGACGUUAACCGCGUUGUGCGUAUGUUCGAGAAGUCUGACAACAUCCCUCUUAUCAAGCCCUUCCUUCUCAACGUCCAAACCCAGAACAAGCGUGCUGUCAACGAUGCCAUCAACGACUUGCUCAUCGAGGAGGAGGACUACAAGACUCUUCGCGACUCUGUUGAGAACUACGACAACUACGAGGCUGUCGCUCUUGCUCAGCGCCUUGAGAAGCACGAUCUCGUCUUCUUCAGACAGAUCGCUGCCAACAUCUACCGCAAGACCAAGAGAUGGGACAAAUCGAUUGCUCUGUCCAAGCAAGACAAGCUCUUCAAGGACGCCAUCGAGACUGCCGCCAUGUCAGGCAAGGGCGAGGUUGUCGAGGAGCUCCUCCGCUACUUUGUCGACAUUGGCAGCCGUGAGUGCUUCGUCGGUAUGCUUUACGCUUGCUACGACCUCAUCCCUCUGCACGUUGUUAUGGAGCUUUCAUGGCGCCACGGCUUGAACGACUUCACCAUGCCCUUCAUGAUCAACUACAUGUCACAACAGGCCAUGGCCAUCGAUCAGCUCAAGAAGGACAAUGAGGAGCGCAAGUCAAAGGAGACUGUUCAGAAGACUGAGGAGGACAACACACCCAUCCUCGGAGGAUCACGAUUGAUGCUUACCCAAGGACCUGUCGCAAGCGCGCCGAGCCCUGUGCCGUACUCGAACGGCGUGAUUCCUCAACCUACUGGAUUCCAACCCACAGGAUUUGGAGGAUUCAGAUGAAUUCGGAAGACAGUAAUAUAGAAGCGGGGACUUUGGCAACGGAUGGGGUGCAUAUGCAGGGCUACGGCAUGGAUAUGCACACUCCAGCGCAUUGUUGAGGAUGAGGGGUGUGCUUGUAGACUUUGAUGCGAGAUGACAAGAAUCGCAUUUGCAGCGAUUGAAAUUCUUGCAGCAGCAGACAAAAGGCAGUUAUGGAGGGGCG